AUGAGGAGGUUGAUUGUUAGUAAGAAUUGUCGUGUUCGUCGUCCGUAUUCGGAUAAAUAUAAGUUUAAGCUUCAGAAGAAAUUUUCGUUUGGACCCUCAUUUUUACGUUUUCGUCUUCGUGUUCGUCUUUCUUUUGGUCUGCGGGUUUUCGAUUAUCCAAUCCCUAGUCGAAUAGUAUUGUAUAUAAUGAUAGGCCUUCUGAUAAUGAAUAGUUUGAGGGACCUACUCAAGUUUUGUGUCGUCUUCUUCAGAUAUGCUCCAGCUGGAGAGAAGCCUGCUCUCGUGAGGACCCACCUUAGGAACAUGAUCAUUGUCCCCGAGAUGAUUGGGAGUGUACUUGGUGUUUACAAUGGCAAGACCUUCAACCCAGUUGAGAUCAAGCCUGAAAUGAUAAGUCACUAUCUUGCUGAGUUCUCGAUAUCGUAUAAGCCGGUAAGGCAUGGUAGACCAGGUAUUGGUGCUACUCACUCUUCAAGAUUCAUUCCUCUGAAGUGA